AUCACACUUCUCGUUUUAUAUCGCGAUCAACUGUGUUACAUAAAUCCGCACUGCUUCUUCGCAAUCGGCCAUUUCGUCUGUGCAGGCCGUCAGUUGUAGAGGGCAGUGGGGUAUAUCGAUUGUACUGUUAUCUGAAAGGCACAUCAAGAACAUCGCACCAUGAAUGAGACAGCUAUUUCUUUCGCCAAGGAUUUCUUGGCCGGUGGCAUCUCCGCUGCUAUUUCCAAAACAGCCGUCGCCCCAAUUGAGAGAGUGAAGCUUCUUCUUCAGGUCCAGCAUGCCAGCAAGCAGAUCGCCGUGGAUAAGCAGUACAAGGGUAUCAUGGACUGUGUUGUCCGUAUCCCCAAGGAGCAGGGGUUCCUUUCCUUCUGGAGAGGUAACCUUGCCAAUGUCAUCAGAUAUUUCCCCACCCAGGCCCUCAACUUUGCCUUCAAGGACAAGUACAAGAAGAUCUUCCUUGAUGGUGUAGACAAGCGCACCCAGUUCUGGAGGUACUUCGCUGGUAACCUGGCCUCUGGUGGCGCCGCCGGAGCAACCUCUCUCUGCUUCGUGUACCCCCUCGACUUCGCCCGUACUCGUCUGGCUGCUGAUGUUGGAAAGGCUGGAGCCGGAAGAGAGUUCAAUGGUCUUGGAGACUGCUUGGCUAAGAUCUUUAAGUCUGAUGGCUUGAAAGGUCUGUACCAGGGCUUCAAUGUGUCCGUGCAGGGAAUCAUCAUCUACAGGGCUGCAUACUUCGGCAUCUAUGACACAGCGAAGGGUAUGCUUCCAGACCCCAAGAACACCCACAUAUUGGUGAGCUGGAUGAUUGCACAGACUGUGACAGCUGUUGCUGGCCUGACCUCAUACCCCUUUGACACUGUCCGUAGACGUAUGAUGAUGCAGUCCGGUCGCAAAGGAGCUGACAUCAUGUACACCGGGACCAUUGACUGCUGGCGUAAGAUUGCACGCGAUGAGGGUGGCAAGGCUUUCUUCAAGGGAGCCUGGUCCAAUGUGCUCAGAGGCAUGGGGGGCGCCUUCGUGUUGGUGUUGUAUGAUGAGCUGAAGAAAGUCAUGUAAUUUGUCACAUUGUCACAUCACUGUUCAAUUUGGCUAAAUGUAAUAACUCUCCAUUUCUAUGGACUCUGCAUUCUGCCUUAUUUAUGGGAACAAAACUAGUGUCUCACCCCUAGCUGUGGGCGAUGGCUGUACAUUGUGCAUCUUUAUGAUUUUAAACGUUCCACAUCCUCUUUACCAAUGUCAUUCCUCUUAAAGAAAUCUGAUACCUCCUCCUGUCAUUCACUAGGUUUGUAUGGUCCCAACUUGAAGAAUAAAUUUAUUCUGGGGAACAAUCUAAA